AUGCAGUUGCAUGAACGAGCACUUCAUAUAUCUUUAUUCAUUCAACUGGCAGCGUGUAUAGGCAUUAUAUCUCAUCAAUUAUCAAUCCAAAACGGCGUAUAUGACACAUACUCCACCUUAUGGGCUGCCUUUAUUCAAUUAGCAAUAACGCUAUUGACUCUUGUAGAUUUGUUUGGUCAUUUUACCGGUACGCAUGCUCGCAAACUCCUCUGGAUACAUCUGGGUACAACUACUACGCUUGGAGUAAUUAUAGCAAUGAUGUAUCCAAUUAUUAUGAUAAUGUUUGAAGGCGUUUGCUAUUAUGGACUCGUGGGAUUUAGUUGCCAAGUCAUGCGUGGGAGUGUGAUACGUACAUCACUUCUUUGGUGCUCACAAGUCAUAUCGAUUACAUGCGUGGUAGAAACAUUGAAUGCAUCUUGGGAUUGUCAACAGAAUUCAUCUACGCAUGGAAAGAUCACACCGAUUGUAUAG